UUUGCUGUUGAGAAUCGUACCUUCCAGGACAUUCCGUCAUUCCGUUUUUCGUGAUAAUCAUUUUUACCAUUUGUAUGUUCCUUUUGUAUAGUCUCUUGUAUUAAAUGAUUAAAAAAUCAAUGUAAGAUUAUAUUUAACAAAGAAUUGACGUUAUCCAUUAUUGAAAGAUAUAUUAUUGUUAAAUGUAACAGUUGCAUAAAAAAAGUUCAACAUCAAUUUUGGAGCAGAUUGAAAAUUGAAAUAAUGUGGAAUAUUAAUGUAUAGAAAUAUAGUUGUAAAGUGUGUGUUAUUUCGAAAAAAUAGUUAUUACAAUAUUAAAUGUACUUAAAUUCACCCGUUAUGUCCACGGUUGCAUACGUUCCUGAAGCUAGUCGUCUGCUGUGACGCGGAACAAAAUGGCGGCAGCUAAUGAAGUGCCGGUAGAAAUUAACCAGAGUGGCAUGUGUACAACGGAAAAUCAGACUUCAAAAAUGGAAUCAAUGGAUGUUGGAGAAUCAGCUCCUGUACCAGCUACAAAUGCUAGUGUACCACCAUGCAAAGAAUCUGUAUCUGUUGAAGAUAUGACAUCCAGAGAUUAUUAUUUUGACUCUUAUGCUCAUUAUGGAAUUCAUGAAGAAAUGUUAAAGGAUGAAGUACGGACAAUGACAUACCGUAACUCCAUGUAUCACAAUAAACAUCUUUUUAAAGGAAAAACAGUUCUUGAUAUAGGUUGUGGUACAGGUAUAUUAUCCAUGUUUGCAGCAAAAGCCGGAGCUGCCAGAGUGAUUGGAAUAGAAUGUUCCAAUAUUGUUGAAUAUGCAGAAAAGAUAGUAGAAGCUAAUCAGCUUUCAAAUGUUAUAACAAUUUUGAAAGGCAAAGUUGAAGAAGUUUCUUUACCUGAUGGUAUAGAAAAAGUUGAUAUUAUUAUAUCUGAGUGGAUGGGUUAUUGUUUAUUUUAUGAAUCUAUGCUGGAUACGGUGCUUUUUGCUAGAGAUAAGUGGCUUCGUGAAGAUGGAAUGUUAUUUCCUGACAAAGCAACUUUAUUUAUAUGUGGCAUCGAAGAUAGACAAUAUAAAGAUGAAAAAAUAAAUUGGUGGGAUGAUGUGUACGGCUUUGAUAUGAGUAGUAUAAGGAAAGUAGCCAUUAGCGAACCGCUAGUGGAUAUUGUAGAUCCAAAACAAGUUGUUACAAAUGCAUGUCUUAUCAAAGAAGUUGAUCUAUAUACUGUAACAAAAGCAGAUUUAGAAUUUUCAUCACCAUUUACUCUUCAAGUUCGUAGAAAUGAUUAUGUUCAAGCACUAGUUACAUUCUUUAAUAUUGAAUUCACUAAGUGCCACAAACGGAUUGGCUUUAGUACAGCGCCUGAAGUGCAGUACACACACUGGAAGCAGACAGUGUUCUAUUUUGAUGAAUAUAUGACAGUGAAAAAAGGAGAAGAAAUAUAUGGUGUAUUUUCCAUGAAGCCCAAUGCAAGAAAUUAUAGAGAUCUGGAUUUCAGUAUUGAGUUGGACUUCAAAGGAGAUUUGUGCGAAAUUCAUGAAACAAAUACGUAUCGUAUGCGCUGAUAUCCGUGAGCUUCUAUAUCCUUCUUUUACUACAAUAGUUCUCCAGACUGUUUAGUGAAAUCUGAACUUAAAACCCUUUUAUUAUUAUUGAAUUGUGCUAAUCAUCUACCAUAUUUAACAGUACGGUACAAGUACGGUAAAAUAUAUUUUACUCUUUUUUUACGACCAAUAAAAUCUAAUAAAAUGGUGUCAUUUUUACACAUUUGUAUGCUUUAUUUCUCUAUAAUAUUAUAAAAUAUAAGACGAUGAAUAGAUUUAUAUGUAGCAUUAUUUUUUACAUAAUACAUAUUCUUGUACCGUAUUAUCAAAAGUAUUUUUUAAAAAUGUGUUAAAAAUUUUGAGCUCUUACUGAAUAAUAUGUUACUAGAUAUUACUGUUACAAAUGCUUAUGUUUCUGAAAAUACUUAAAAAUUUCAAUCAUCCAAUAAGUCAAUAUACAAUGUACAUAGAAAGAAUAUUUCACUAAAAUAUUCUUCUGUUUUUCUUUUUAUUUUUUGCCAAGAUUGCCAUGCGUAUGUAUGACUUUCAUAUGAAUAAUAUUUAUGUGUAAUGAUUCAUCAGAAAAAAGCAUACAAACAUAUAAUCAGAUAGAAAAUGAAUUUUCAUGCAUAAUAAAAAACAAAAAAAUCUGUAUUAAAUAUUUUAUAGUAAGCAAACACAUAAAGACAAAGUGUAAUUCGUCUUUGUGAUAUUCAAUAAAUUAUAAUUGUGCGUGAAAAUUCUAACGUUCUAGUAUAGCCUUUGAAUUAUGUACUAAUAAUGAAAUUCCCUAAAUCAAA